GCACAACUAAUGCCAUGAACAGUUUUGUUCACCUUCAGUAUAGUUCAGUAAUGUUUAUUAUGCCAGUAAUAUUCAUGUAAAUGUACAGCGGACAUGGGAGAAGUGUAGUAAUGGGAAAGGUGCCAGAAUUUAAUGUCGGCAUAUUGUAGUGAUAGGAAAGGAACUGUGGAUAUGGCACACAUUAUAAAAUGUGGAGAUUAAUGAAUGUUGAUUAGUAGUACUCUAAUACAGCUAAUUCAGGGUUGGGAUGUUACUCCUGUUUUCAGGUAUAUUUUAGUAACUUGAUAUGGUCACCAAAAAAAAAAAAAGUGGCAAAACCAAGAAAAGAACAGAGCUCUUUGGAUUAGACAGUAGAACAUGCUGCCUCACUCUGCCAUGUCAGCAAAUGGUAAGUCUUUACAAUUUACAAAAAUAUAGUCAAGCAUAAGGAGUCAAAUUCAGUAAAGGGUCAUAGAAGCUGAAAGUUGAACAUAUGAGGUGUAGAGUAGAAUCCAGAACCCUGAGCAAGAUAACUAGCUUCCAUAUACAAAGAAUCUGUGAUCAUAACAUGAUCCAAAGUAAUUAACAUACUUAUUAGUGACACUCGCAGCCAUUUUUUUUAACUGUAGAUGUCUAGUCAAUACAAAACUACUGAUCUCAGGGGCAAAUUUUAAACCUCCUCUUUCAAACACCUUAUUUUUUCAGGAAAAUGCUUCUAGCCACCUAAAAUUCACAGUGCUGAACCAUAGUUUGAAGAUGGCUUUUUACACCACUCCUGUCCAAAGAAUAAAUGAAGCUUCAUUCAUUAUAAUAUUCCCACAAGAAAUAGGGUGCAUCCACACCUUCUUCAGUAGUCUCUGUGCUGUUCAUUCAGGAAACAGAUUUAGAUUUAAUUCUGUUUCAAAGACAGGAAAGUAAAUUCACUUCUCCAGCACCCCAGUAAGAUACCCUAGGGUACCACAAUUCAGUAAAGAAUUUAAAAUGUGGUGGAGUAGAAAGGAAACACAGUAUAACACAUGGACUGCUGCUCUCACAAGGCAGAUUUUUUUUCUGAUCUCAAGACAUUGGUUAGCUUAUCAAACAAUUUUGAUAAGUCAGUAAGUGUUCUGGGCUACCACUUUUAAAAGAAAGUGGUACCUGCAAUUUUGUUUUCUGAACAGCUUGCCCUGCUGGUGUUUAAGUAUGCUCUCAGAACAACUACUGGAGUGAGGUACUUGGGGUACUUUGGUAUAAGAACAACUACUGGACUGAGGUACUUGGAGUACUUUGGUAUAAGAAUAUCUGUCUUUAAGAUUGUGACUGAACCUGGUGUAAGUUCAAUGCUGACCCUUUUCACAACAGAAACCGCUGAAGAGACACAUGAAUAUAGCUGGCUUUUUCCCAGACCACCACUUAAUCUCUGGGACUAAAGCUUUUUACUUGUCUGGCUCUGGAGGUGAAGAAGUUCAUGCCUGUUCGACUGCCAAUCACACCAGACACAAAGAGCAAGUCUCAUUUGCCAGGUUAUUGCUGAUCCUGAUUUGUGACCUAGGCCUGCUCAGCAGCAAGGUAGGAUUGCCUGAUGUAGUGGGGAGUUGUGACAUCAACAAUUCUCUGGAAUUUUUGCCAGUUGGAGAUGCUAAACAAGAGUGACCUCCUUCUUACUAUGUAGCACCUGGUAUUCCUAUCAUGCAGUUGCACCUCAUACAAACUCAUGUGGGAUUUAGGGCAGAAAACAAGGCUUGGACCAGGCUAUAAGAAGAAGAGCGCUCCCUCUUGUUUUUCUUCUGUUAAUGAAGGAUGUCUGAUAAGGAUUGUGAUAAAGAGAGUUGCUCUGCUCUUGAUGUGGUACACUUCAAGAAUGCUUUGAAGCAGUUCCAGAAACUAGUUGAAAAAAAAGUAACCCAGAAGACAGAGGAGAGAUUAGGACUGUACGUUAAAGAUGAUGAUGAGAUAGACUAUGAUAAGUUCUAUGAAACUGUACAAGCACUUUUUGGUCCAGAAAUAAAGGACUGUAAUGUUAAGGCCUUUUUCAGGAAGAUUAGCAGCAACCUUGAUGCAAAGACAGAAUGGUGUGAGAUUUUUGGCUAUUUCAUAGUAGAAAGUGAUGCCAUUUCUUCACAGCUGAGUGAAGAAAACACAGUUUUCCUCGUAUCCCAAAAACAGCAGAUCACUCAUACAGGUGUCAAGAGACGAGAUGUGAUUAAGGGUAUAGCGAAGGUGCCCCAUCUGGAUUUCACAGUAACAUCAUCUCAGAAAGGAGUGCUAACUGUUUUUAACAACCAGAUGAGGGUUCUGGCAACCACCCAUGUUAAAGAUACUGCUUGGGUCACUGGAUGUGACUUCCUAACUCAGCUGAAACGCGUCGUGGCUGUCACUGAAAGGACAGUCAUCGUCUGGGACUAUAAAUCAAAAGGGAGUCAGAGUAAUUGCUUUGUCAUCAAACCAAUGGAAAAUGGUCUGCUCUGUGUUUGCACGGUGACUGCAUCAGAUCAUCUGGCUAAGGAUAACAUCCUGAUGGGAGAUGAUGGGGGUUAUGUCAAUCUGCUUACAGUGACCAGUGAUGACUUUGGAUUGAAACAAUCUAAAGCCAAAAAACAAUCACAAUUUCACAUCUUGGACUCCAAAAAUUUUAAGAUUGUUAAACGCAAGCUACACGAUGACUGGGUUAUGAAGGUUAAGUAUAUUUCUGACCUGAAUUGUUUUGGAUCGUGCUCUAUAGACAGCAUUCAUUCAUUUGUUUUGGGUGACAUAAAGCGACUAGAGGACAACAUGCCUGUAAAGGAAUUUUCUGUCCCUAAAGGGGUCAAUGCCUUCACCUACUGUGGAAAAUCAAAUGUCAUUGUCACUGGGGGUGAUGAUAGACUCCUUCGUAUAUGGCAUCCUAAUAUUAAUACUAAGCCUAUAGGAAGGUUACCAGGACACCUAUAUAGUGUUGUGGAAAUCGUGACAAAUGAAAAAGAUCAGCAUGUCAUCAGCCUUUCCUCUGCAAAGAUUUUUAGAGUGUGGGAUAUACAGACCCUAACACCGCUACAGGUCUUCCAUGAUAAUCAAGAGAGUCCUGGAGAGAUGGAGAUCUUUGCCAUGGUAUUUGACAAUAACCACCACACGCUUAUCACAGGUUCAUCUGUCAUUGAUAUUUAUCCCCUGACUCAUGUGAUACAAGAUACAAAACAGGUUCCACAGACACAUGAGAAAAGCAUCAAUGUUCUGGUUUACAACAAGGCUUUUCACCAAAUUCUCACUGUCUGCUCUGAGUCAAUACUGAAGGUCUGGGAACUAGAAACAGGGUAUCAAAUAUAUCAGAUUGAAGAUGCACAUGGGCUGAAUAUUGAAGUGACCUGUGCAGCCAUUGAAGAAAAAGGUUUUCAUCUUGCUACUGGGGCAUGUGAUGGAACAGUGAAAGUUUGGGAUUUUGGAAGUGGGCAGGAAGUGAAAGCCUUGCCUUUGGCCCAGCACAGCAAAGAUGAUAAGCAUCGUCUGCUUCAAGUAGUUUAUCUGAAAGCUAAUCAGAGUCAACAUGUGCUUCUCGUUUUGGAGCAGAGUGGGAAGAUGAAAAUCAUUCAGGGUAAUGAAGUUCAAACGUAUCUAAAUGUUACAUGGGUGCUUCCUGAGGCAGUGGCAUUUCCACGAAAGAAUCCAGUGUUGUCUCUGUCACUGAAGCCUGACGCCUUACAAACACAUGAAUUUUUCCCAGAUAUGCAGCUGUUACCUGACACCAGUUCUCUAAGCAAUGAAACAGAGAAUUUUGUAUCUUCCAGGGAAAUUAAGUGCUUUGAUGUGUUAAAAGUAGGAGGAUGCAGUUUGAUAGCUACAGGAAGUGCAAACGGUGCAAUAAUUUUGUGGGAUUUUGAAGCUGCCUCUGUCAGAUGUCUGUAUAAUAUUAAUGAAGACAGCCAGCCUUCAGUUCCUCAAACACCUGGAGUCAAUGCUGUGUUAUUCCUUGUCCACAGUGCUUUCUGCUCUGGGAAAAUUGGUUCCCUGUCUUCUACUGCUGCUACUGUAAGGAGUGAUAUCAGUGCCAUUCCGGGACAGGGGAAUACUUAUUUGAACCUAAAUAAGGAAAAUACAAGAAGUGAUGAAAUUAACACUCAAGUAACAACAGAAAAAGACACAACAAUGUGUAAGAAUGUGCAAUACUUGGAGAAGAACGUAUCGUUAUCCAAAGCUGUAAUGCGAUACUCACCAGUACUGGCUUCUGCUCAUGAAAAUGGCUAUAUCUAUCUGUGGAGUAUUCAGGGAAACUUGCUGAAAGAAAUUUUGCCCUUUUCAAAAUAUCCUUCAGUUUCUCUGACAGCACUGUGCACAGACAUCUCUACUAAAGUUCUUUUGGCAGGCAGUAAAGAAGGAUAUAUUAUGCGCUGGAACAUUGGCUCAUUCUUUGAAGAUCUACAGAACAAUAAAAAUCAAAUAAAGGAGGAGCUCUGCUGGAGGGCACACUCUACUAAAGUGGUUGACUUAUUUCAUGAAGAGGAGAAAAAUGUGGUAGUGACAGCAUCUAUUGAUGGUUCAGUCAGGCUCUGGCAUGCCACGAACGGAUACUAUCUUGGUUACUUUGGACAGCCCAGGAAGUUUGAAUUAUCAGAGAUCAGUCAGCUGAUUUUGCCUUGUGAUGUUAAUAAGUUUCCCACAAUAAUUAAAGAGGAAAGCAAGUAUAUGGAAAAGAAGAAGAAAUCUGAAUAUCCUCUAAUAUUGGACAGGAAAAAGUGGAAGUCACUGACCAGAUCAUCUUUAGUUUUAAAAAAGCCUGCACAUGAAGAUGUAGUUCAGGACUUCAAGUUUUUCAGAGCUUUGACUUCUCCAAAGAUCCUUAGACAACCUUUGCAAAGUUUCAAGUCUGGAAACAAAGAGGCUGGUGUGAUAUUUGGCUCUAUUCCUAUAUAUGAGCUGGGAAGCCCAGUUGAAGAGAGUGUGUUGCCGAGUUAUCAAUGGAACGAAGCUGAAAGGUCCAGUCCCACUGAAUGGAAAAUGGAGCCAGCACUCAGUGGAGAAUAGCGUCAAGAUAAGUAAACAUAGUAUCUAUCUUCAGCAAUCACAUUUGUUUAAGAGAAGAAUCACAAGAAGGCACCAGCAACAAAUGUGGUCCCAUUCUGCACUUUGGCUACUUCUUUGUGCCAUGUGAAGUCCUACAAGUGUCUGCAGUUAUAAUCAAAAUAAACUCUGAUGUCAAGGAAAAUUAGAUGUACUGAAAGUAAUAGUCACAAGCAUUCAGGCAGGUGCUAUUUCUGCUCUGAACUGCUCUAUUUUGAGAACUUCAACAAUAUCAUGUUAAUUCACACACCAGUUCUUUUAGUAUCUUGAAUAUCUAUUACUUUCCAUUCCAAGGAUGCAGGAGACAUUCAUUAGACUUCACAGUCAGCAUAGACUAACAUCCAGGGAAUGUUUGCUUCUAGCAAGUCCAUUAAACCUAGAAAGCAGUUCCACAGAAAAGGGUCUGAGGGUCCUUGUGGACAAGUUGAACAUAAGCCCUUGCAGCAAAGAAGGCCAGCUGCAUCCUGGGCUGUAUUAGUAAGAGCAUAGCUCACAGAUCCAGGGAAAUGAUUCUUACCCUCUAUUUGGCACUCGUAAGACUGCACAUGGAGUGCUGUGUUCAAUUUUGGGUUCCCCAGUACAAGAAGGAUAUUGACAUAUUGGACAGAGUACAACGGAGGGCCACCAAGAUGGUCAGAGGACUCGGGAACAUGAUGCACAAGGUGAGGCUGAGAGAACUGGGCCUGUUCAGCGUGGAGAAGAGAAGGCUAAGGGGAGACCUCACUGCUGUCUACAACUACCUGAAAGUAGGAGGAUACAAAGAAGACGGAGCUAGACUUUUCUUGGAGAUGUGAUAGGACAAGAGGUAGCAGACACAAGUUGGAACAUGGAAUAUUAUGAUUAGAUAUUAAGCUUUUUUUUUUUUUGCUUUUUUUUUUUUUUUUUACCAUGAGGGUGCCUAGAGUGAUUGUGGAAUCUCUGUGUUUGAAGGUGUCCAAGACUCAACCGGACACAGGCAUGAGCAACUGAAUCCUAUUAGACCUGUUUUGAGAAGGGCAUUGGACUGGGUGAUUUCUAGAGGUCCUUUCCAAGCCAAAUUAUGAACCUGUGAUACUCAGUCACUUAGGAGAAGCCUCAGGCCUGCCGUGAUACUAGGGCUGCCUGUGCAAUGCUUGGUGAGACUUUAUGCCUCAGUAUAAUAGUUACAAAUUCCAGCACACUGAGCAAGAAGACACUCAGACUACCAAUGAGAAACGCUAUGAGGACCAGGCUAUUGAAACCUAUGUCCUUUUAGGAGAUGGGCAUCUUGGAGUCACAUGAUUGAAUUCCUUUCUAGAGCUGAGGCUGGUAUGUACACCUUUCUCAAAGACCUCUGCUUUAUUUUUACUAUAGCCUUGUUGUUUAGGAGCUUUGCUUGGAGAGAAGACAUUAUUUUCCACCCUGUGUUCAAAGAGGUGUUUAAAUAUUCUGUAUUAGUUAUUCAUUUGGACUUUUGAAAUGUCUGAAGAAACUAAACAAUUUGAAAAGAACAGCCGGAGGGUCUAGAGACACUCAGAAGACAAGUAUAAACAUGGAAACAAAGCCAAAUAGAACAGGUACCUCUCUUUAAAUUACACUUGUUCCAUGGUUGAAACUGGUUGAAGUUAUUUCUGUGGUUUGCAAACCAUUUUACAGGCUGCUUGUUAAAACCUUAGGAGUAUUUGCCUUAAAUAGUCUUUGCAUCACAAUGAUGUUUUAUAAGGACAAGAACGUUCCUCUUAAAUUGUCUUCAUGUUAUCAGACCUUUUCAUUAAGCAAAACUAUCAUUUAGUUAUGGUAGAUGUGUUUCAAAUAUACACAGUCAAUACAGCACUCCGGAGCCAUACGGACAAUACCAAACUGGUAGGAGUGGUCAAUACAUUGAUGGUAGGGCAGUCAUUCAGAUCUAAAAAAGACUGGAGAUAUUGGGCCAACAGGGGCCAAUACAGUUUCCUGAAAAUCGGGUGGGAUAACCCCAUGCAACAUUUCAGGCUGGGAGCCAAAUGGAUGAAGAGCAGCUUUGCAGAAAAUGACAUGGGGUUCCUUGCAGACAACAACUGGAACAUGAGCCAGCAGUGCACCUUUGCAGUGAUGAAGACUAACCACAUACUGGGCUGUAUUUCAAAAUUUCAGGUGUAUUUCGACUAUGACCAGCAUGUCAAAGGACAUGAUUAUUCCCCUCUAUUUGGCAUUUGUGAGAGUGCACCUGGAAUGUGGUGUCCAGUUCUGAGCUUCCUAAUAUAAAAAAGACACUGACAUACUGAAGGAGGUCCAGCAGAGAGUCAUCAGGAUGAUUAGGAAGCUGGGCACACGUGACAUGUAAGAGUCUGAGAAAAUUUUAGCUCUUACUGCUAUCUACAACUACAUAGUGGGAAGUUAUAGAGAAGACGGAGCCAGACUCUUCUUAGCAGUACGCAAUGAAAUGAGUAGAGGGCAACAAGCACAACUGAGAUCAGACAUUAGGAAGAAUAUUUUCACCAUAACAGUGGUCUAACAUUAGAAGAGGUUGUCCAGAGAUUCUAUACUUGCCUCCUUGGAGAUAAUGCAAAACUCAACUGAAUAUGAUCCAGAGCAACUUUAUCUAACUUUGAAAUUGGACUGAACUUCAAAGUUGACUCUGCUCUAAGCUCAGGUUGGACCAGGUGACCUCCAGAUAAUCCUUCCAAACCUAAAUUAUUCUAUGAUUUAUGAUUAGUGUAUGAUAAAAGGGCCAUCCCUCAUUAGUAAAUGUGAAGGAUUUCUGUGACCAGAUCUCAGUAAGGGAAACGAUAAACAAUGUGAAAAACCUGGUUUCCUGCAAAUUCCAUUGUUACAGGGUUUCUCUGCACUUAGCUAUCAGUUUCAAUUUUUGAUUUGCUCUGUGGCUUCAAGCACAGUGUAUAUAAGUUAUUAGAUAAAGGUUCCCCAAAUGGACAUAAAUUUUGAUGAUAUGUCUUUAGUCCUAGAUAUCUUUAUAUUGUGUCUGAGCUUUUUCUAAUGUUUUUUCUGGUGAGCGAGUGAAUCUCACUACUGGAAGCAGUUUGUAAAAGCAAAACCGUAUCAGUACUACAGGUUUUCCCUCAGGUGCAAUGUAUCCAGGUCUUUCCAAACUGAAUUACCCUCCUAAUGGUCUCUUUUCUCGUUUAAUUUGCUCUUCUAGGUUGAAUGCUUUUACCUACAUGAGUCACAUUCUAUUAGACUCCUAUUCUUGGUUAUGUUUUCUUCCUUGGCAGAUGAAUUACAAAUGACAAAUACUGUUUCUGAACAGAGUAAUCUUCCUUUACUGACAUUUCCAGCCUGAUCAGUUCUACCACCAUACAUUCUUUUCCCUGUAAAGCUAACUGACACACUAUUAGGGGUUGUAUAAAACCUAAACAAUGUGUUUUCAGCCCACAAAAGUCUCAGUAUUGGGUAUCCUGGUGUGACAAGUCACAAAUUAUUUUUUCCCAGUUGUGUGUUCUAGUCUGCAAACUGGUUUUAUCGAGCAUAUACAUUUUUCUGCAUUAAAUAUGUAUUUGAAAAACAACUGAUAAGUUAUUUAUUUAUUCUGCCACCAAUCAGCACUGUUUGUAAGUUGAGCCAUCACACCUGGAUUUGAGAAUGAAGUGAAUAAAAAGCUCCAGGCAUCACUCCACCUACAUAGAGGUCCACUGCUCAGGAAAAAAAUGAAGGGCUUUUUUCUGCAGGAGGUGGAGUAUACUGCCAGGAAGUGUCCUCCUUAAAUAAAAUGAUGAACUCUGCAACGAUGAGAGGAGAGAUAGGAGGUCACUCAGAAGACAUCUGAGAUCUUUAGAGAAUGCCAAUGCAGAGGAGGAAGGACAGCCCAGCAAAGGAGCUACUGCAGUCAACCCAAGAGAAGGAGCAACAAUCUUCUGGGAAUAACUUUUCCCACAAUGUAUCUCUCUCAGCACAGUACACUGUCUUCAUAGUCAGACAGACUAUAAUUGCUUUUUCUGUUGGCUAAUCAUAUACAUUGUUCUUUGAAACAAAUCAUUUGCUCAGAGUCUGUCGUUUUUGUAUUCAUCCAGACUUCCCUCAGAGCAAGCCUGUCAGAUACUAGUGACAGAGACAGUCUGAUUGUUCAGGUGGGGACAGACUGGCUUAAGUACUGGAAAAAAGACUUCCAAAAGCAGAAAAGGUAGCCUGACAAGAAAAUGUAUGAGGUGGUGAAAUCUUGGUCUUUUCAGAUUCUUUUUUCCUGUUGCCACAGUUGCUUUCUCUAACAGCUGCCUACACCUUUAACUAGACUUGAGCAAAGCAUGUACAGUGGAUCUAGGAAAGUUAGGUUGCUUACCUUUCUCCAGCUUGGGGAUGAGAGAGCUUCUUACACCUCCGAGAUGUUGUUUUGGAGGAUGUCACAGCAGGAGGAUGAGGAAAUGAGAGUGAUAGUGCUGGAUGACUAAUAGAGGAAUAGCCUUAUAAAGCCAGCUGUGGGUGCCAGAGUGAGGAUCUGCCUCAGCCCUGAGUCACUGAGAAUGUAAAGGCAGGUCUGAGGCUGCGAAGAGGCUCCCCUGAAGGAGCCACAGGGGUUCCUUACCAAAGCGCUAGAGGGAGAUGCAAAUGCAAAUUUUCUGUUCCUGGCCCAGUAGCUCUUCAGUUGAAUCCUCAGAAGAUGCUAUACAUCUGCGGUCUUCUUUAGAGAUACUACUAAGGACAGACAGUAACAUGAGGUAAAUUCCUUUGAAUGACAACCUUGUUGCACACUUCUCCCACCAAGAAUGAGCAAAUGCCAGCCUGGAAUAGACCAGGGCCUGAUUCCUGAGCCUUUCCAAGUGACCAAAUCAGCUUUAAGGGAUACAGAUGUAAACUGAUGCUUGCAUCACUGCUGUACUGGUUCUGUGGAUAAAGAAGCUUGUCAGUAUUGAAGAUAACAAGCAUGCUGCUUCCAAAAACACUAAAAAAAAAAAUCUUUCUUACAAAUUACAAAUUAUAUAUAUAUAAGAAAUUGAAACAUGAUUGGGCUCUGGUUCCUUUUCAAGGACGACUUUUAUGACUUUUAUGACUGUAGCCUUUUUAGCUCUUUCCGUCGCAGUAGGUAUCUUUUUUAAAGUGUCUGCCUCAGAACUCAAUUUUAUACUCACAAUCUCAUGGAAGUUAGAUACAAAACAGAGCGUUAAUAUGCCCUUCUGGUUUUGCUUGUUAGUUCCUUGCUUAUGCUUUCAAAGAGCAUGUCCAUCCUCCUAGCUAGAAGAGUACAUGCUGAGCUCAUGUUCAGUUGUCUAUCAUGAUUUCCCAACUCCUUCCUGGUAUUUCAGCAUUCCAGGACAGUGGCCCACUCUCUGACAUGACAUGACACAGAUUGGAGAAGACAUAUCCUAUCACCCUUCAUCUGACUAAAGGUAUAAGUCAUUUCUCAAGUGCAUCACUUUAGUACAUAGAACAAUCCAUGUAACUAGUGCAAUUAGUACCUACUAUUCUGGGGGCAAAAGUCCAGUAUCUUUUUUCUAAAGUGUUUUUUUUUUUUCCUAAACAAUUGAUAAUGAACAGUGUUUGAUAUGCUGGCCUUCUUAGAAAGACUGCCUUCUGAUGAGCAGAAUAUGGAAUGACUUGCAAUGUUUUAUCUGUUUUUAAUUGAUUUGUUAUAGGCCUAUGUUGGAUUUUUGGAUAAUGAUACGUUUUUAGCAUAGUAUCCUGUGGAAGUAUGUUAAAUAGUAUGAUCAACCAACCUUAUUAAAACCAAAAUCAAGUUUGUCUGACAAACCAAGUGGCAGCAGAUAAACCAUAAUCUGUUAACUAUUUACUAUUUGUGUCCUCUUCAUGCUUCCCAUGAUUUACCAGUAGCAUAUGAAAGCUAAUACUCCUGCAAUUCCCUGAGUCCUGUUUUCCUUUGAAAGACAGCCACAUCAGCUUUCUUCCAGUUAUCUGAAACUUACCUAGUCCUCAAAGAUUCAUUACAAAUGAACAGUCCAGGUUCAGAGAGCCCCUACAAACAAUCCAUGCAUGAUGUUUUAUAAUUGUGUAAGGGUUUCUCUUUAGCGUUGUCCCUACUUAUAAUUGGAACAAAAGUAUUUAAGUCUGGCUGUAAGAUGCAGCUAUCUCAUCCCACUUCUUUCCAGUUUACUAAAUACUUCUUUACAACUGACCAGUUAGUCAUUCUUCUCUUUUAUACAACCAGUACCACUGCCAGGACUUCAUAAGUCUUACUUUCCGAGUUACACUGUUUUCAGUCUUGCUAGCAGUUGGCUUUGGCUUUCCUUGUUAAUUGCGUGUAUUUCUCAAGAGCUGAUUUGUACUCAUUUCUGUUCAUGUCAUCUUAUUUUGCACUGUGCAGAAUGGUCCAUCCCUAAAGUAAUACACUUCCCUGUAACAAAUUAAGUGUUUAAUCCUAUGCUGAAUGUAGUCAGUGCACAAGCUCUCAGGAGGGAACCAUGCUGUAAGCAGAACUGUUAAAAAAACAUGACUUGUAUGUUCUAACUUUAGCAGCCUCCCAUGCAGUUACUACUCCACUGCUGUGCUAUUUAGUUGGAAAAAAAAUACAGUGCAAUGUAAUGCUCUCAGACUUUUUUCUCAUAAUUCAUUAAAUUAACAAAACCUGAAGUAAUUCAGAUUGCAUGUCAUUGCUCAGCAUUACUGCUUCCGUGAAGAGCUCCAAAUCCUAGUGCUUUUUAAACACCAAAUGAAAACUUUUCCCAGUC